AUGAGAGUGCCUCCAUUUAUGCAUUAUGGUAAACCGGACACUACCAAAACGAUCGAGGGCUUUGAGGGCAAACUAUUUUUAAUGGAUUGCUGGCAAAAGAGGGGCCAAAAAUUGGCUGACAAUACGUGGGACGGUAUGGUCGGUGCCGUACACAGCGGUCAAGCUCAUUUAUCCAUCGGUUCUCUGAUCAUAAUCGGUGUCCGGUCUGAGGCCGUGACGAACGGCCGGACGCACGACAUAACCGGCUAUACGUGGGCCGCACCGGUUAUUAGCGGCGCCCGUUAUUCAACAUCGCUAUCCGGACCGUUUGACUCGUGGAUCUGGUCUGCGAUACUACUAUCGCUAAUUGCGCUGAACGUGAUAACAAUGGCCGCCGAUUACGGCCGCAAUAAACGGCUUAUAAUCGGCGAUAAAAACACAUUUGUGGCCAUAUUAUUGUCACAACCGGCGGUCGGAGCGGCCAUUAGUGCCCAAUUGUCGGUACGUUUAGUGAUGAUUGUCUGGAUUAUGACGGCGAUUGUGUUGAGACAUAAUUACGGGGCCGGACUGUACGCCCGGAUCGCUGUGACCGUCGAUACGGCCCCGAAUGAGACAAUUGACGACCUAUUGGUGGCCGAAAUUGGCGGACAUAUAGUGUUUAUGUUUGGCUUCGGCGGUGAACUCAUCUGUGAUUUUGUUAGGAAACAGAGAUUGGGGCUCUACCCGACGGCCCCUGACUUUAAUAAAUCGGUAUAUUUUGCCGCAAAUCCCGAAAUGGCUUUCGAUCUGAUGACCAGUUUUCCCGAUAAAUACUGUUUCAGUGAUUAUAAACGCCGGACUUAUAGACCACUGGAAGCGAGAAUCGAAAGCCAUUUCGGGAUUUGCGGCAAAAUAUACCGAUUUAUUAAAGGGCCGUCGGGUAGAGCCCCAAUCUCUGUAUUAAACAAUUGUCAUAUCAUUACUAAAUCUGAUGAUUAUUUUUACUGUUUUUGGCCUAAAUGUCAAUACAAGACACAACGGAAAGGGGAUCUAAAACAACAUCAAUUAAUUCAUUCUGAAAUAAAACCAUUUAAAUGUGAUUUUUAUGAUUGUAAUAAAAGUUAUAAAUUAAAGUCAGAUUUAAUUCAACACAAAAAUAACAUUCAUUCAAAUGUGAGAUUUAUUUGUGAAUUUAAUGAAUGCCACAAAAGUUUUGCAUCAAAAUUAGAGUUCAUAAUAUUAAUGAUUGUCAAGAUUUUCACUGUCUUUGGCCUAAAUGUGAAUACAAAACAACAAAUAAAGAAAAUUUAA